AUGUUGAAGCUUUCUAUCAUCGCAACGUGGAUUGCAGCGACGAUCAGUGUUUCUGAGGCGGCAGACAAGUAUUUGCCUCCAUACUUCGAGGACUUGACAUGGGAAGCACGGAGAUCUCUGUCAAACUGGUUUAAUUUGACAGUCGAAACACGGACUGGCACGUUUAUCGGUAUGCUCAACGAUACGUAUCCUAACGUGCGCCAGUUUUUGCGCGUGCCCUUUGCACAACCACCUGUCGGUGAUCUCCGUUGGAUGCCUCCACAAAAGCUUCCCACUUCGCGCAGAAAAUUUGAUGCCACGAUUUAUGGCCCCGCUUGCCCGCAAUACGUUCAACGAGAAGACUCGUUCUGGAAGGACUACGAACCAGGAAGUUUCGUCAUCAACCCCGGGGAGAACUUAACGCAGGGAUCAGUGGCCUGGUCUUCGGCUGAGGAUUGCUUGUCUAUUGCAAUAUUGACGCCUGCUUCAGCCCAAAAGACCUCCAAACUUCCGGUGACAUUGUUCGCGACUGGGGGUGCUGGAGUUGAAGGGGGGAUAAGGAUCCCCGCUCAUCUGCCAACGCAGUGGGUGUCGCGUUCUCAGGAACAUAUCGCGAUUACUAUGAAUUACAGGGUGAAUAUCUUUGGAAACCCCAAGUCUAGGGCUCUUAAAGAGAAUUCUCUCAGCUUGUUGGAUAUGAGGGCCGCGGUCGAGUGGGUUCACGAAAACAUUGAGGCCUUUGGCGGAGAUCCUGAAAAUAUCUUUCUCUGGGGCCAAUCUCAAGGAGGGGCCCUGACCCACCUUUAUACUCUUGCAUUCCCAGAUGACCCCUUGGUGGCAAGUUAUGGUAUCAUCUCCCAAGAACCCGGAACAACUCUUGGUCUCUCUACCACAGAUGAUCCCUAUUUGGACUUUGACAUCGUGGCCAAGGCUCUUGGCUGCAAUUACGGCGAUGAUGCCGAAGCAGAGCUCAACUGUAUGCGAAUGCUUUCUUGGGUGCAGAUUGAGGAGUUUAUCAAUCGCUAUCAAGGGACGCCGCAAAUAUCAUUUAUGGAGUAUAUUCCCGAUGAAAGAUACAUCUUUUCCAACGAGACUUUACGCUAUUUAGAGGGCAAGGUAGCCAAAGGCCCUGCUAUUCGCUCUUUUGCUGCCCGAGAAAUUGCAGCAGACAACAAUAUCACAUCGUCGCAAAAGGACGCACGCCAGUGGGUCUGUCUCGCGGCUUCGGACACUGCUCUACGAUUUUCGCUAGGCCUCGAUACGUAUCGAUACUUCUGGGCCGGUAAUUUCACAAACAUUAGUCCGGUUCCUUGGCUGGGAGCGUUUCACUUCUCUGAUCUCCUGAUGAUCUUUGGCACCUACAUGAAGAAUGUUGGGGAAAUUUCGCAGCUCGAGAUGGACACUUCCAACGCCAUGCAAGACUACCUUCUUGCUUUCAUCAAGGACCCCUUUACAGUCUCGCAGACGGUUGGCUGGCCAACAUUCGAUCCUACAGCGUCAGAUGGAGGUCAAGUUAUCGAGUUCGGUGUGGAUGUUCCUGCGAAGAAUAUCACUGGUCGCUACUUGGAUGGGGGUUGUUACGAUCCUUCUAUUCCAUUUCGAGUUGAUGGAUGA